GCCUACAUUGUGUAUAUGGGCGAUCAUUCCAACGGCGAAUCCAAGGAAUACGUUCACAUCAGUAUGCUUCAAAAUAUCCUCGGCAGCAAAUUUGCAGCAGAUGCUUUGCUACACAGCUACAAGAAGAGUUUUAAUGGUUUUGUUGCAAAGCUAACAGAAGAGGAAGCAGUGAAAAUGGGAGGAUUGGAUGGUGUUGUUUCUGUUCUCCAAAACAAAAAGAAUGAGCUGCAUACAACAAGGUCUUGGGAUUUCGUAGGUUUAUCUCAGUCUGCGAAGAGAACAAGCAAAGAGAGUGACAUAAUUGUCGGAGUAAUAGAUACUGGAAUUUGGCCAGAAUCUGAUAGUUUUAAUGACCAAGGAUUUCGUCCACCUCCACGAAAAUGGAAGGGCACUUGCCAUAACUUCACUUGCAAUAAUAAAAUAAUUGGCGCAAAAUAUUUUCACAUGGAGGGUUCGUAUGAAAAAGAUGAGUUGAUAUCUCCAAGGGAUUCAGAUGGGCAUGGCACUCAUUGUGCAUCCACUGCUGCAGGAAAUUCAGUUGAGUUCGCAAGUUUCUUUGGCCUUGCAUCAGGAACAGCAAGAGGAGGAGUUCCAUCAGCACGCAUUGCUGUGUACAAGCCUUGUUGGUCAUCUGGUUGUGACGAUGCAGACAUCCUUCAAGCAUUUGAUGAAGCCAUUGAAGAUGGUGUUGACAUCAUUUCCAUUUCAUUAGGACCAAGAAUCGUAGAACACAACGACUAUUUCAAUGAUAUAUAUGCGAUAGGGAGUUUCCAUGCUAUGAAGAAAGGCAUAUUAACAUCCACUUCAGCUGGUAACACAGGUCCAGAGUUUUAUACAAUAUCUAAAAAUGCACCGUGGACACUUUCUGUAGCAGCUAGCACUAUAGACAGAAAGUUUUUUACCAGUGUUCAGUUGGGUGAUGGCACAGUUUAUCAGGGAGUUUCAAUCAAUUCAUUUGAUAUGAAAAACGAGAGCUUUCCAUUAAUUUAUGCUGGAAAUGCACCAAACAUCAAUGGUGGAUACAAUAGUUCCAUAUCAAGGUUUUGCAUCCAACAUUCCUUAGACGAGAAUUUGGUGAAGGGGAAAAUUGUUUUGUGUGAUGGUCUUCAAGAAUCUUCAUCUCUGGGAUUGGUGUCUGGAGCAGCUGGUGUUUUACUGAGAAGUGCAGUGCCAGAAGAUGUGACUUCUAUCUAUGCAUUGCCAACAGUUCAACUUGGCCUUAGAAACGGGGCACUCGUACAUUCUUACAUAAAUCUAACAAGUAAUCCCACUGCUACUAUAUUUAAGAGUAAUGAAGGUAAAGACUCAGUAGCCCCUUACAUAGCUUCAUUCUCAUCUAGAGGACCAAAUGCAAUCACUCCAAACAUUCUAAAGCCUGAUUUAGCUGCUCCAGGGGUUGAGAUUUUAGCUGCAUGGUCUCCAAUUUCUCCUGUUUCUGAUGUAAGAGGAGAUAACAGAGUUGCAAACUAUAGUGUAGUGUCUGGAACUUCAAUGGCAUGCCCUCAUGCUACUGCAGCAGCAGCUUAUGUCAAAUCAUUUCAUCCUUAUUGGUCACCUGCAGCAAUCAAAUCAGCACUUAUGACCACUGCUACCCCAAUGAGUGCAUUACUCAAUCCUGAAGCUGAAUUUGCUUAUGGUGCUGGCCAAAUCAACCCUAUGAAGGCACUGAAUCCUGGAUUAGUUUAUGAUGCAAAUGAAACUGAUUACGUUAACUUUCUAUGCGGUCAGGGAUAUAAUACCAAAAGACUACGAACUAUUACAAAAGAUGAUAGUAGUUGUACACAACAACCGAAUAAUGGAAUGGUUUGGGAUCUUAAUCUCCCAUCUUUUGCUCUUUCCAUCAACACUUCAACACCUUUCAGUAGAACUUUUCAUAGAACAGUUACCAAUGUUGGAGCCAACACAUCAACGUAUAAAGCUAGACUAAGUGUAGUUGCAGCUUUAUUGAAGGUGAAAGUGGAGCCAGAUGUUAUUUCCUUCUCAUAUGUGGGUCAAAAGAAAUCCUUCACUCUUGUGAUUGAAGGGACACUUAAUGUGGAGACAGUUUCGUCUUCUUUGAUUUGGGAUGAUGGAACUUUUCAAGUUAGAAGUCCUAUUGUUGUUUUCCAUCCAUAA